GCAGCUGCCUACAGUGCCCCGUCUGGGCCAUGUGUGUUGGGAGACCUUCCCUGGACCCCUGCCCCCCAAAGGCCCCAGGGAGCGCCAUGGCCCGAGCACGCCAGGAGGGCAGCUCCCCGGAGCCCGUAGAGGGCCUGUCCCGCGACGGCCCGCGCCCCUUUCCCCUCAGCCGCCUGGUGCCCUCGGCCGUGUCCUGUGGCCUCUGCGAGCCCGGCCUGCCCGCCGCCCCCCCCGCCCCCGCCCUGCUGCCCGCCGCCUACCUCUGCGCCCCCACCGCCCCUCCCGCCGUCACCGCCGCCCUGGGGGGCCCCCGCUGGCCUGGGGGUCCCCGCAGCCGGCCCCGAGGCCCGCGCCCCGACGGUCCUCAGCCCUCACUCUCGCCGGCGGAGCCGCACCUGGAAUCGCCGGUGCCCAGUGCCCCGGGGGCCCUGGCGGGCGGCCCCACCCAGGCAGCCCCGGGAGUCCGGGGGGAGGAGGAGCAGUGGGCCCGGGAGAUCGGGGCCCAGCUGCGGAGGAUGGCGGACGACCUCAACGCGCUGUACGAGCGGCGGAGACAAGAGGAGCAGCAGCGACACCGCCCCUCCCCCUGGAGGGUCCUGUACAAUCUCAUCAUGGGACUCCUGCCCUUACCCAGGGGCCGUGGAGCCCCAGAGAUGGAGCCCAAUUAGGUGCCUGCACCCGCCCGGUGGACGUCAGGGACUUGGGGGGCAGGACCCUCCCACCUCCUGAUGCCCUGGCCAGCGCGGGGGACUUUUUCUGCACCAUGUAGCAUA